AUGUACAGGCAGAUUUUAAUACAUCCCGAUGAUCAAAGGUAUCAGCUAAUUAUCUGGAGAGAGGAUCCAUCCCAUCCAGUCAGUUAUUACAAACUUAAUACGGUCACAUAUGGGACACGUUCAGCACCGUAUCUGGCUACAAAAUGCUUACAAAAGAUUGCAAACGAGAACAUGGAGCGUUAUCCAUUAGGCUCACAAAUGCUGAAAGAUAAUUUUUAUAUGGAUGACGGUCUCGGCGGUGCAGAUAGCCUAAGUACAGCUAUUGAAAUACAAAAGGAGUUAAUAACAAUCUUGAAACAACACGGCUUCAUUCUAAGGAAAUGGUCAUCCAAUACACCAAGAUUGCUGAAGGACAUACCACAUAGCGAUCGAGAAGUGAACCUGGAUCUCAACGAAUCUCAAACAAUAAAGACGUUGGGAUUAUAUUGGAUGCCGCAAGCAGAUCAAUUUUGUGUAAAAACGAACAUUGAUCAUAAUGAAAUCAUAUCAAAACGAGUAGUUACGUCUGAACUAGCAAAAUUAUUUGAUCCGCUUGGCCUACUUGCACCGAUUGUGGUGAAGGCAAAAAUAUUUAUUCAGCAGCUGUGGCAACAUACAUUAGAUUGGGACGAAGCAUUACCCGAAAAACUUUGUGCCACUUGGAAAACAUUUCGAAGGGAAUUGGAAGGUCUCAACAACUUUAAGAUACCGCGACAUGUAUUCUGUGGGGAGAUCCCGACGAAAAUCCAGUUGCAUGUGUUUGCCGAUGCAUCGGAAAGAGCUUUUGGCGCGGCUAUUUAUAUUUGUUUUAUUGGAAAAGAUGGACGAGUAGUUGUACGUCUGAUCUGUGCUAAAUCAAGGGUAGCUCCUUUGAGAAAACAAACUCUACCGCGAUUAGAGCUAUGUGCCGCUGUGGUAGCAGCUCAACUGGCUACCAGGGUGAAAAAUGACCUAAUGCUUCAGAAUAGUCCGAUGUUUUUAUGGACUGAUUCUGAAAUAGUACUCGCCUGGAUAAAAUCAAGGUCCAACGUAUAUAAGACUUUUGUGGCUAAUAGGGUAUCCACCAUACAAAACUUAACAUUGCCAGAACAAUGGAACCACGUUAAGUCAAAAGAAAAUCCUGCCGACAUUUUAUCCCGAGGACUCUCGCCAGCUGAUCUUUCUAAAUGCCGAUUAUGGUUUCAUGGUCCAGUUUUUCUUCAUGGAAAGGAAGAACUAUGGCCGACCAAAUGCUCUCCACAAGAGGAUAUAACAAAUAGCAUGGAGUUAAAGACUGCAGCUACGACGUCAAUAGUAGCUUCUGACAUGUAUCUAAUACAUAUGAUCGAGCACAAAAAUUCAUUCAGGAAGUUACAAAGAAUUUUGGCAUACGUGCUUAGAUUCACCAGCAAUGCACGUAUGCAAAAGGCACACCGGCCUCAACAUAUAGCAGUGUCUUCCAAAGAAUUAGACGACUCCCUUCGUCGAAUAAUUCAAGCCGUACAAUCAUCCGAAUUUGCAGCUGAUAUCAACGCGUUGAAGGCUGAAAAGCAGAUUAAUAAGCAUAGCUCGCUAUGCAGUUUAUCACCGUUUUUGGAUGAUGAAGGCAUUCUUCGCGUUGGAGGAAGGUUGGAACAUGCUAUGCUACAAAUGGAUGCGAAACACCAAAUGAUAUUGCCUUAUAAUGAUCCUUUGGUGAAAUUGCUAUUUAAGACAUUUCAUGAAGAAAAUAAACAUUGUGGAGCUCAAGCCCUGUUAAACGCAAUAAGACAGCGUUUCUGGCCAAUAAAAGGCAAGAUAACAGCAAGGUCUACUGUUCAAAGAUGCAUAAAAUGUAAUAGAGCGCGACCACAACUGUAUCAACAAAUAAUGGGAAAUUUGCCAGCAACAAGGGUAGUUCCUGCUCGACCAUUUAUCAACUCUGGAGUCGACUACUGUGGGCCAUUUUGGAUCCAUUACAAGGUCAGGGGCAAGCGACCAACAAAGGCUUAUGUCGCUGUAUUCUGCUGCUUUGCAACAAAGGCUGUUCAUUUGGAGCUCGUAUCGGACCUAUCAACCGAAUCAUUCAUUGGCGCUCUUAAACGAUUUAUAGCUCGCAGAGGUCACUGCCAAAAUAUAUAUUGCGAUAACGCUACAAACUUUGUUGGAGCCAAAAAUAGUUUAGAGGAAUUAUCUGAAACCUUAUAUUCGGACAAGGCGCAAGAGCUACAUUUAUCAGCUGCAAGUUCCAAGGGCAUACAGUUCCAUUUCAUUCCACCAAGAGCUCCGCAUUUCGGAGGCUUAUGGGAAGCUGCAGUAAAGUCCGCAAAACGUCUCUUGGUCCGUAGUGUUUCAACGGAAACACUUACUCAUGAAGAAUUAGAGACAAUAAUAGUAGAAAUCGAAGCUAUUUUAAAUUCGCGUCCGCUCACACCUCUUUCAAACGAUCCAGAUUGCCUUGAUGCAUUGACGCCGGGACAUUUUCUAAUCGGCGAAGCUCUAACUUCGCAGGUAGAUACUUCCAGUAGUUUACAUACAUCCUAUGUAAGAUUGAAAGGCAUUCAAUAUAUAAGUCGACAAGAGGAAAUUGAAAAGGUUUCAACAAAUACCAAUACCACCUCUUACAAGAUUCAUCAAGAAGAAUUGGAUAAUAUACAAAAACAGUUGCAUGAAUCAACUCUAAAACACCUACCACAAUUAAUUCACUCAUCAAAUCAACAUCAUCAUGCAGUUAGCUACGCAUCUUUAGCUUGCUGCAUUCUUAUUUUACUUGGCCUGCUGAGUUGGAGGAUCCACACAAAAUUUAAGAAGCCAUCUCAAUUCAUACCUACACCAGAUAUAAGAUCUCAUCAAUCAACAAUCGAUGUUACAAUGGAGUCAUUCCCACAUGCAUCCAACCCAGGCGCAAUCAUUGAACAAUGUCAACGCGGCGGAGAAUGUUAA